AUGGGCGACGACUACUGCGAAAGUGAAGAAAAGAAGCGUGGUGGUUUGAGGGAUCAGAUCAUCGGCCUGUUUGAUAGGCGUUUAAAGGAUAAACCGGAGAUUAGGCAAUUGGUGGAGGACCAGUGGAAUAAGAAACCGCUUGAGACCGUCCUCACAAAGAUUGGUACUAUCAGACAUGGCAUCAUGAUGUGGACUAAGGAGAGGAAUGCAAACAGCAACCGGUUGAUAAAAAUCACGCAACAAGACCUAGAAGCGGCCCUAUCCAACCUCAUACCGGAUAACGAUCUCAUCGACUCUCUCACAGCAACUUUGGAAGCAGCAUACAAGGAAGAGGAGUUAUUUUGGCAACAAAGAAGCAGGAUCCAGUGGCUCCACAGUGGCGAUAGAAAUACCAGCUUCUUUCAUGCGGCUACAAGAGGUCGCCGAGCUUUAAAUAAGUUUGCAGUCAUUGAAAACUCUAGAGGCAGAGCUGUAUACAAAGAGGAGGAGAUAGUUAACUGCAUCACAGAGUAUUACUCGCGCAUAUUCUCUACUCAAAUGUCUGAUUCCUCUCAGGCGGUCUCUGAUGGGAUAACUCCCUUAGUUACCGAAGAGAUGAAUCAAACAUUAGUGGCGCCUCCCUCUACCUUGGAAAUCAAGGAAGCCUUAUUCUCGAUCAAUCCGGAUAAGGCCCCGGGACCGGAUGGAUUCUCAGCUAGUUUUUACCAAUCUUUUUGGGAUAUUAUUGGAGCGGACAUUGUGGAGGACAUCAAGUCUUUCUUCUCUUCUGGUGAAUUAGACUCGCGGCAAAACGAAACGCACGUCCGUCUUAUUCCAAAGGUCAAGGGACCGAGAAAAGUCGCGGAUUAUCGCCCGAUCGCCCUUUGCAACACCCACUACAAGAUUAUUGCGAAGCUACUAACCCGGAGACUUCAGCCACUGCUCCCGGAGUUAAUCUCAGACCACCAGUCGGCCUUUGUCAAAGGUCGUUCGAUCUCGGAUAAUGUACUCAUAACACAUGAGAUUCUCCACUAUCUUCAACAUUCCGAGGCUCGGGUCAGAUGUGGAAUGGCGAUAAAGACUGAUAUGAGCAAGGCGUAUGAUCGGAUUGAAUGGGAGUUCCUUCGAAAUGUGCUUGCCCGAUUUGGCUUCCAUGAGCUUUGGAUAUCAUGGAUCAUGACAUGUGUCAUGUCCGUUUCCUAUUCUUACCUGAUCAAUGGGGCGGCUCAAGGACGGGUCGUUCCUUCCAGAGGGAUUCGGCAGGGCGACCCCCUUUCUCCGUACCUAUUCAUUCUCUCCACGGAAGUCCUAUCCGGGCUUUGUAAAAGAGCUCAGACAAGAGGAGAUGUAGCCGGUGUCAAAGUGGCCCGGAACUGUCCCGCCAUAAAUCAUCUACUGUUUGCAGACGAUACUAUGUUCUUCAGCAGAACGGACCCUCAUAGCUGCACAGCGCUGGUGACUAUCUUGAAGAAGUAUGAAGCGGCAUCUGGACAGUUCAUUAAUCUAGAGAAAUCGGCAAUAACUUUCUCGGCUAAAACACCGGCAGCAACAAAAAGAAGAGUCCGGGAACAGUUGUAUAUCCUCAAUGAGGGAGGUUUGGGGAAGUACUUGGGCUUGCCGGAACACUUUGGUCGGAGGAAGCGCGAUAUCUUUGCCUCUUUAGUGGAUCGAAUUAGACAGAGAGCGCAUAGCUGGACGUCCAGGUUCCUCUCGGGAGCAGGAAAGAUGAUCCUCCUGAAGUCGGUACUGGCGGCAAUGCCGACAUAUGCUAUGUCGUGCUUCAAACUUCCCAUGUCGCUCUGUAAACAACUACAAUCUAUCCUCACUAGGUUCUGGUGGGAUGCUUCCCCGGAAGCAAAAAAGAUCUGCUGGGUUUCAUGGCAAACUUUGACCAAACCGAAGAGUGCGGGUGGCCUUGGGUUUCGGGAAAUUGCCCAGUUCAAUGAUGCAAUGUUGGCUAAACUAUCGUGGAGAAUUAUCAGGGAUCCAAAGUCGCUUCUGGCUACAACGUUGAUGGGAAAGUAUUGUGUCCAUUCCUCUUUUCUAGAGGUCCAGUCACCGACAUGUGCCUCUCAUGGAUGGCGAGGCCUGCUUUUGGGAAGGGACCUGCUGCUAAAAGGUCUAGGUUGGGCUCUAGGAUCGGGCAAUGAAGUCAGUUUAUGGGCAGAGCCCUGGCUGUCAACAUCGGAACCGAUGGCACCAAUGGGGCCUCCAACUGAAGCGACCCAGUCAUGGAAGGUAAGCGACCUUCUAAAACCAGGAACUAAUGAGUGGGAUACGGUCAGAGUUCGUAGUACAUUGCCUCAGUAUGAGGAGAGUAUUCGCAAGCUCAUUCCGAGCUCAUUCCAGCUGAGAGAUGAAAGGGUCUGGCUGUUUAAUGCAUCGGGAGAGUAUUCGACUAAAUCAGGUUAUGCGGUAGCAAAACUCAAUAAUGGAGAGAUGGAUGCGCAGGCUUUUAACUGGAAGAAGAGUAUAUGGCAAGUGGCUACAUCACCGAAAAUAAAUCACUUUAUGUGGAAAGCAAACAGUGGGGCGCUCCCAGUUGGCUCUGCUCUUGAGGCGAGAGGAAUCGCGACGAACCCUGUGUGCAAGAGAUGUGGAGCACGUGAAACGGAAGUACAUGUUCUCUUACAGUGUCCUUUCGCAGUGAGAGUCUGGGAACUGUGUCAACGGAUGGUUUCACUACCACCGAUAGGUCUAGGAAGCACACAACUCUACCCUUGGAUCAUGUGGCUCCUCUGGAUUAACAGGAACCAACUUGUGUUUGAAAACAAACUCUUCUCCGAGGAAAGCACAGUCCUUAAAGCUGUGCGGGAUGCUAAAGCUUGGAAGGCGGCUCAGACAUUUGUCUCAAAGCCUUCUUUACCACAGUAUGUGGGCGAUCCAACACCUUCACCUGCUACUAAUUCAUGUAUUUGGUCUGUUUUCUCUGAUGCAGCAUGGGAUCAGGCAACAGGAAAUUGUGGACUUGGAUGGCAACUCAGGGACUCUGAUAACUCCAUUACAGGAUCCUCCUCAUCGCACCGGCGCUUUGUUUCUUCGGCCCUUGUGGCUGAAGCUUUGGCGGUUAAAGCUGCAGUUACAGCUGCAGUCUCUUCCCAUGUUAGCAGUCUCACUGUUAACUCCGAUUCAAAGAACCUUAUGUUGCUCUUGAAGACUCAAGGUCAAGAUGUGGCUCUGCGAGGAGUGCUCCACGACAUUCAUGUUCUGUGUCGCUCCUUCGUAUCUAUCUCGUUUAACUUUAUCCCGCGUUUAGCGAAUGUUCAAGCUGACUCCUUAGCUAAAGCAGCUUUACUCUCCUUGUCUUUUGUUGCUCCUGAUGUUGUAGGAUGA